AUGGCUCUGAUACCAAAAUUACACACACAUAGUGAUAAACUUAAGCUCUUCUUAACAUACCAAAUAUCAGUUUGGGUCAAAGUUGGUUCUGGCGUUACUAGUCCGCAAAAUGUUAAUGUCGCACUUGGUAUCGAUAGCCAAUGGGUAAACGGAGGACAAGUCGAGAUCAAUGAUGAUAGAUGGCAUGAGAUCGGUGGUUCUUUCCGAAUUGAGAAGCAGCCUUCUAAAGCUUUGGUUUAUGUUCAAGGCCCUUCUUCUGGCAUUGAUCUUAUGGUCGCUGGAUUGCAGAUUUUCCCGGUUGAUCGAGUCGCAAGAAUUAAACAUUUGAGAAGACAAUGUGACAAGAUCCGUAAGAGUGACGUUACCCUCAAGUUUUCUGGUGUUGAUUCAAGCAAACUGUCUGGAGCUAUGGUUAGAGUUCGACAAAUUCGAAACAGCUUCCCGGUUGGAACUUGCAUAAGCAGAACAAAUAUGGACAACGAAGAUUUCGUCGAGUUCUUCUUGAAAAACUUUAACUGGGCGGUGUUUGGUAACGAGUUAAAAUGGUACUGGACGGAACCAGAGCAAGGGAAGCUUUACUACCAAGAUGCAGACGAUAUGCUAAACUUGUGUAGUAGCAACAACAUAGAAACCAGAGGACAUUGUAUCUUUUGGGAAGUCCAAUCAAUGGUUCAGCAAUGGAUCCAAAACAUGAACCAAACGGACAUAAACACUGCGGUACAAAACCGGUUUACUGGUCUUUUAAACAGGUACAAAGGGAAAUUCAAACAUUACGAUGUGAAUAACGAGAUGUUACAUGGAUCAUUCUACCAAGACAAGCUAGGAAAAGACAUAAGAGUCGAAAUGUUCAAAUCCGCACACCAACUAGACCCAUCAGCGACGUUGUUCGUGAACGAUUACCAUAUAGAAGACGGGUGUGAUCCAAAAUCAUGCCCGGAGAAGUACACGGAACACAUUCUUGACCUGCAAGAAAAGGGUGCGCCAGUAGGAGGGAUAGGGAUUCAAGGUCAUAUCGAUAGUCCGGUUGGUCCAAUCGUAUGUUCAGCUCUAGAUAAACUAGGAAUCCUCGGUUUACCGAUAUGGUUCACGGAACUUGAUGUCUCCUCGGUCAAUGAACACAUAAGGGCAGAUGAUUUGGAAGUAAUGAUGUGGGAAGCUUUCGGACAUCCAGCGGUCGAAGGUAUAAUGUUAUGGGGGUUUUGGGAACUGUUCAUGAGCAGAGACAACUCUCAUUUGGUGGAUGCCGAAGGAGAUGUUAAUGAAGCUGGUAAAAGGUUUUUGUCAGUGAAGAAAGCUUGGCUCUCUCAUGCUAAUGGACAUAUCGAUCAAAACGGUGCGUUUCCGUUUAGAGGGUAUAAUGGAAACUAUGCCGUUGAAGUGAUUACUACUUCGUCUACUAAGGUUCUGAAAACGUUUGUUGUUGAAAAGGGAGAUUCGUCUCAGGUUAUAACUGUUGAUCUUCAAGGUCUGUAAAGAUGCUUUUGUAUAUUAAUACAUGUGUUUAUGUGUAUGUGUAAAUUUUUUAAUUUGCUGAAACUUU